CGUCAACCAAAUCCACUCACAGGGCUUUGUUCAGCCCGACGAGUGCCACGAAGCAAUGGGACUGAACUCAAAACCAUGCUGUUGGGAGGAGUUCCUUGAAAUAUCUUAAUCAAAAAUUAAAAAAAGACUCAAGAAAACUGCAAAGGUUCAUUUACUUAAAAACAAAAAUAUAUGAAAAAUAGAACAAGGAAAUCUAUUAAAUUAAAUAACUAAGAUAUUUCACUGUGAGAUCAGGAGACUGACCCAAGGCUACCAACGACGGUAAAGGAAACUGUACAUGGUAGAUCGACCCGUUAGAAACGAACGACUAAAUACUUCUUAAAUCACGCCAUUUUCGUCUUAAGCAAGCGGUCACUACCACCCGAUAAAUAUGAAGUCAUACCCUACGAUGAAGCUCUUGAAGAAGCGUCCACCAAAAUUUGUGAUCGAUUUUGGAACAACCUAUCAAAACGAAUACACAGAUAAGGGAUACAGUCGUGCCGAUACUUGCUAUCCUACGAAUCAGAAUUUAUUUCUCUUUGGUCAAUGCAGCUCAGUUUCAGAAUACAGAAAUGCCUUUGUAAAGAAAAAAUUUCCAACGAAAGUAGAUACAGACAGAAAACGAGGUAACCCUCUAAAACAAAUGGGUUCCGGUUUUGAUCCUGUGAUCCAGCAGAGUUGUUAUCAGCAAGACUAUCUUCCUACACGAAUUUCUCCAAAAAGUUUGGGCCUACUGCAACGAAAACGUGUGAUGCAUAGUGGCGCCCAGUUUGAUAAAUUCAGCAGAAGAGUAGGAGGAGAUGUUGAGACCACCACAACCCAUUCGCAAGACUAUCUUAACCCACACAGGCAUACGUACCACUGGCCUCCAUUAACUAUAUAUAAACAGAAAAAACUUCUCCUAGGCAAUCUGAAGAAUUUAGCUCAGCCUACAAAAAGCAUUUACCAAUCAGACUUUCAUGGGUAUCCAAGUCAUUUGACAAUUAACACACGCUUCGCGAUGCGAUCAGUACCUGACUCACAUAUGACACCAAGAGGAGACAUUGAUUUCGAUACUUGCUACCAAUUAGCAUACAAAGAUCGAAGAAGGGUACCGAUAAGCAGAAGAAUUAGAUCUUAAUCACAUGAAUAAAAAUAUCGAAAACCUUUCCAUUCUAAGGUUCUGUCUUUUGCAAAAUCAUUUUAAGAUAUGAACCAUAUGAACCAUAUGAACCAUACAAAUUACCUUCGAUCUUGAUAUGAACCGCGCAAAUUCCCAUCUCAUUUGAACGGACGCAGAGACAAAUAAACUCCCAAAUCUAUUUGAAAUAAAAUUACUUAUAUUUUUGACUUCUUUAA